AUGACCGAAACCGCUUGGGAGGACGAAUGGGAGCGAGUCCUGUGGAAGAAGAAAACAUACCCAGAUAACUAUGUCCCAGAGACAUUUCUGUCAUCCUUAAGCAGGAAUGCGAAUUUCAGGCCAUAUACGUACUGGUAUUUAGUGCGGUCCUCCUUCGCCAUCUCGCAGCACCUCGCAACCAUUGUAAUCUUCGUUGCCAUCUUCGUUCAGCUGAACGACCGUCGGUUGGACCCUCGGGCUCUUGUCUGGGCGUCGGUAGCCACAUUCCUAGCAGGCUGGUCCGUGUGGGAGCUCCUCGACUGCUGCAGUAGCGGACGCGCACUGCGCGGGGCAUCUGCUAACACAAGUCGUGCGAAGAUUGUGAAGUCUUCGAUAUUAGUAUUCUUGGCCCUCAUGUCUGUGUCGCCGGUAUUACGGACGCUGACAGCGGCGACUUCGUCGGACUCCAUCUGGGCCUUAUCGGCCUCCCUGUUCGUUCUCAACGCGCUUCUGGCAGAUUACACUGCCAUGCCGCUGGACAUGCAUCUCCGCGAAAGGCUGACAUCCGUCUUGUCGAUGAAUGCGGCGAUAUCAUCGUCGGUGGUCCUGGCAUCUCGACUGCCAAGUGAUCUCUCGGUGUUCGGCCUGAUGUUGGUGUCCGUGCAGCUGUUUGCAUUAUUCCCGAUGCUCCGUCGCCGCCUCCAGACGGCUGUCACGAUCGCACUGUGCCUGUCGUCCCUUCUAUCCGCGGAAUCUCUGUCACGCACGGCUACCGGAGCAGCCAUGACGGCCUUCGUGUCCGUCACCUUUGUGGCACCUGGCGUCCUCGUGUGGGCACAAAAAUACAAGAACGAGAUCAGGGGAACUUGGGAUCCGGCAGUGCCCAGGGUUAAUAGAACUGAGAAGCCCAUGUAG